AUGAACAUGACUGAGGAUCAUUCAGGUUCUACUCCUCUUUUGUCACAUGACUCUGAUCGCAGAGAAGAUAAGAUCGAUGAAUUGAAUGAUGAUAAUGUUACUCAGAGUGAGAGGAGCCAGUCUACCUUGAUUCGGGAUGUUAGUUGUUUAACCUUGAAUUUUGUUUAUAUGCUUUUCUUUUCAAUGCAUCUACAUGCAAGUAAUGAAACUUCUCAUCAUGAGUAUUUUUCACAGGUACUGGAGAACAUCAAGGACUUGUAUACCAUUGCCAUCCCAACAAUCAUCUCAGGGCUUCUAACCUAUGGAAAGUCUGCAAUAACCAUUCAUUUCUUAGGGAGACUAGGCAAAGAGGCAUUAGCUGGUGGAAGCCUAGCCAUUGCCAUGGCCAACAUCAGUGCUUAUUCUAUCAUUUCUGGCCUUGCAACAGGCAUGGAAGGUAUCUCCUCUCAAGCUUGUGGGGCCCAACAAUGGAACCUUGUUGGGGAAACCCUACAAUGCACCAUCAUGAUUCUGAUCAUAACUUGCAUUCCCAUUUCCAUCGUAUGGUUCAAAUGUGAGCCCAUCCUUCUCUUGUUUGGCCAAGACCCCACCAUCACAUCUAUUGCCACCACCUAUCUGGCAUUCUCUCUACCUGACCUAGUUUCUCUAUCCCUAAUGAGCCCUCUGAAAAUUUUCAUGAGAACCCAAGGUGUGACCCUCCCACUCAUGUAUAGUGCAGGUUUGUCACUAUUACUACAUGCAUUGAUGAAUUAUGCGGUCAUUAACACUUUUGGUCUGGGAAUCGAAGCGAUUUCCUUGGUUGGAGCCAUCACCAAUCUAAACCUUAUAAUUUUCGUUAUGUUUUUCCUAUGGUACUCUGGGGCUUGUUCUCAAUCUUGGCAAGGUUUGUCAUGGAAAUGCUUCAGUCACUGGAAGCCUAUUCUUUGUCAAGGAGUCCCAAGUUGUGUCUCUGUUUGCUUAGAGUGGUGGUGGUAUGAGUUAUUGAUAAUCUUUUCAGGGCUCCUAGAAAAUGCAGCAGACUCAAUGUCCGCCUAUGCGAUAAUAAUUCAGGCCACUUCAUUUAUGUACAAUUUUCCUUAUGCGUUAGGUUUGGCUGUUUCAACAAAGGUAGGGAAUGAACUUGGAGCCAAUAGACCUAACAAGGCCAAGUCAUCAUCAUUCACUGCAUUACUAUGUGCUUGCUUCACAGCCAUCUUGGCUAUGUUAUCGAUGGUGACUAUGAGCCGUGUCUGGGGACUAAUGUACAUUCAGGAUGAAGCUGUUCUGUCUUUGCUCACAGCAACAUUGCCUAUUGUGGGCCUGUGUGAGCUUGGGAACUGUCCUCAGACCACAAUUUGUGGGGUGCUAAGAGGGAGUGCUAGGCCUCUUUCGGUUGUCAACAUAAACUUUAUCUCCUUUUAUGCUGUGGGCUUACCUGUUGCCAUUGUGAUGGGCUUGGUGUAUGAUUUCGGCUUGUUGGGCCUUAUGUACGGGUUGUUAUCGGCUCAGAUAGUGUGUGCUAUUGUGAUGGUGUUCAUGUUGACACGAACUGAUUGGAAAGAGGAAGCAAACAGGGCGAGAAAGUUAGUAAGUGGAAUAAGUGAGAGUAAUGAAGAAAAUAAUGAAGACAUGGAAGCAGUGACUUCUGCUGUGUUGCUGAACUAG